CGUAUCAUCCGUCCCAGUCUGCAGAGCAUCAAAGUUUUCCUCUGAAGCUCGGGCGCCUUCUAUCUUUCUCCGAUUCGCCUGAGAGACAUUUUAUAGCAAGGGAAAGUGGAAAUGCGGUUCGGCUGAUAAGAGAGAGAGAGAGUUAACGGCGAGUCCUUCAACUAACAGCGUUAGAGAAGGUAAUUAGCCGUUUCAGAUGGGAAAGAGAAAGCUCGACAAAACCGCUUCUUCCGACCUCGUUUCUCCUAACCCAGCAUGCGAACAAACAAUAUCUAGGAUAAUAACCAGGAAAGUAGCUCGAGAGCUGGGCUUUGAGGUACCCUCUUUGCGUUGGUUUGAUACCUUCCGUUGCCACAAGCAGUCAAAGAGGGGUGGAAAAACCAAGCCUACAAAUUCCAAGAAAAAGAAGAUGGACACCAACAUGUUUGAGUCUUACUUGGAGCAUUUGUGGAGGAAUAUCUCAGAGGAUAAGAGGAGCUCCUGUACAUAUCUUGAUUGCUUAUGGUUUUCUUUGUAUAAGAAAGGGUCAGAUAAAACAAAGGUGCUGAUGUGGAUAAGGAGGAAAGACAUUUUCUCAAGGACAUAUGUUUUUGUUCCCAUUGUUUGUUGGCACCAUUGGAGCCUUUUAAUUUUGUGUCAUUUCGGAGGAGAUAUGCAAUCGAAAACAAGAACACCAUGCAUGUUGCUGUUAGAUUCACUUGAAAUGGCGAAUCCGAAGCGGCUUGAACCCUAUAUAAGAAAGUUUGUGUUGGACAUUUAUAGAUCAGAAGGUAGAGAAGAGAGAGAAAAGUUGAUCUCAAGGAUCCCUCUUCUGGUGCCUAAGGUGCCCCAGCAGAGAAAUGGCGAGGAGUGUGGUGUUUUUGUUCUUUACUUUAUAAAAUUAUUUCUUCAGAGUGCUCCCGAAAAUUUUAGCAUUUUUGACGGCUACCCUUACUUUUUUCAGAUGAAAGAAAACUGGUUUGAUUUUAAAGGCCUUGAAAAGUUCCGCAGGCAAAUCUAUCCAUGCGGCUGGUGAAAGAAGUAUGUUUGAUCAAUGGAACUACCACAGCAGCCAAGUUUACCAAUCUUAUUUGCUCUUGACGGGGAGAAUUUUCAUUAUUUCCUGGAGAUGGAAUUCUUCGGUAGAGAUGGUCAGGUACUGCUGGUAGUACCAUAGGCUUACCGAAUGGUACAUUUUUUAAGGCAACGUGCCAAGUCUGGAGGACAUCCCAUCCAUGCAAAAGCUAUGCCACGUGGUGAAGAUCACCCUCAGCAAAAAUCAGGCCUAUCUACCAAUCAGGUGAGUCAGACUCUCAAAAUGAAUGUGUGUACGGUCAAACGUACAAUUGUGGACCCAUGUUGAUCGGCCUGAUAUUUUUUUUUUUUUUUUUUUAAAUUAAAUUUAUCUGGAUGAUCUUUGUGAUGAGUCUGGCUGUUUUGACGGUCCGGGUGACCUACAUAUUUGAAACGUUUGCAGAUACUGGAAGAUAAGCUUAUAGUACUCCUCACUGU